CCUCCGGCCCUGGUGGCGGUUUCCUUGCCCCGCCGCCCCGUUUCAGCGCCGUUGCACCCUGUUCGUUGAGUUUCGGGUGCUUUCUCUACUCCUGCAGGGGAAGAGCCUCCGUGCGCGCGGCGGGUACCAGUCCCUGUGCUCUACCCGUGGGGUCCAGGCAGGUGCAAAAAUACACAAAGCUUCAUAAUCACCCCAAGACGACAUAGAGCAAACAUGAAUGAUAUUUCCCAAAAGGCUGAGAUUCUGCUUUCUUCAUCUAAACCUGUCCCAAAAACCUAUGUGCCAAAACUUGGCAAAGGUGAUGUAAAGGAUAAGUUUGAAGCCAUGCAGAGAGCCAGGGAAGAAAGAAAUCAAAGGAGAUCUAGAGACGAAAAGCAAAGAAGAAAAGAACAAUAUAUUAGAGAGAGAGAAUGGAACAGGAGAAAACAGGAGAUUAAAGAAAUGCUUGCUUCUGAUGAAGAGGGAGAGGUGUCUUCUAAAGUAGAUAAAGCUUAUGUUCCCAAGCUAACAGGAACUGUUAAAGGUAGAUUUGCUGAAAUGGAGAAACAAAGACAAGAGGAACAAAGGAAGAGAACAGAGGAGGAACGAAAACGCAGAAUUGAGCAGGAUAUGUUAGAAAAGAGGAAGAUACAACGUGAAUUAGCAAAAAGGGCUGAGCAGAUUGAGGACAUAAACAAUACGGGAACUGAAUCAGCAUCAGAGGAAGGAGAUGAUUCACUACUUAUAACAGUAGUACCUGUGAAAUCACACAAAACAUCUGGAAAAAUAAAGAAUUUUGAGGAUCUAGAAAAAGAAAGAGAAGAAAAAGAAAGGGUCAAGUCUGAAGAAGAUAAAAGAAUAAGAUAUGAAGAACAACGACGGUCUCUCAAGGAAGCAAAGUGUCUUUCACUGGUCAUGGAUGAUGAACUGGAUGAUGAGGCAAAAAAAGAAUCAACUUCUCCUGGAAAACUGAAACUAACUUUUGAAGAAUUAGAAAGACAAAGGCAAGAAAAUCGAAGGAAGCAAGCUGAGGAAGAAGCAAGACAACGUUUAGAAGAAGAGAAGCGUGCUUUUGAAGAAGCAAGGCAGCAAAUGGUAAAUGAAGAGGAGGAAAACCAAGACACAGAAAACAUUUUUAAAAGGUACCGCCCUGGGAAACUCAAACUCAGUUUUGAAGAGCUGGAAAGACAAAGGAGAGAAGAGGAAAAAAGGAAAGCAGAAGAAGAAGCCAGAAGGAGAAUAGAGGAGGAAAAGAAGGCAUUUGCUGAAGCACGGAGAAGCAUGGUAGUAGAUGAUGACUCCCCAGAGAUGUAUAAAACAAUCUCUCAAGAAUCUCUUACACCGGGAAAACUGGAAUUUAAUUUUGAAGAAUUAUUAAAACAAAAAAUGGAAGAAGAAAAACGACGAACAGAGGAAGAACGGAAGCAUAAGCUAGAAAUGGAAAAACAGGAAUUUGAACAACUGAGACAAGAAAUGGGAGAGGAAGAGGAAGAAAAUGAAACCUUUGAAUUGAGCAGGGAAUAUGAAGAAUUAAUCAAAUUGAAAAGGAGUGGCUCUAUUCAAGCUAAAAAUCUAAAAAGCAAGUUUGAAAAAAUUGGACAGUUGUCUGAAAAAGAAAUACAGAAAAAGAUAGAAGAAGAACGAGCAAGAAGGAGAGCGAUUGACCUUGAAAUUAAAGAGCGAGAAGCAGAACACUUCCAUGAGGAAGAAGAUGUUGAUGUCAAGCCUGCAAAAAGAAGUGAGGCUCCGUUUACUCAUAAAGUGAAUAUGAAAGCUAGAUUUGAACAAAUGGCUAAGGCAAGAGAAGAAGAAGAACAAAGAAGAAUUGAAGAACAAAAGUUACUACGCAUGCAGUUUGAACAAAAGGAAAUUGAUGCAGCACUACAGAAGAAAAGAGAAGAGGAGGAAGAAGAGGAGGGUAGCAUCAUGAAUGGCUCCACUAUUGAAGAUGAAGAGCAAACCAGGUCAGGAGCUCCAUGGUUCAAGAAGCCUCUGAAAAACACAUCGGUUGUAGAUAGUGAGCCUGUUAGAUUUACAGUUAAAGUAACAGGAGAACCCAAACCAGAAAUUACAUGGUGGUUUGAAGGAGAAUUAUUGCAGGAUGGAGAAGACUAUCAAUAUAUCGAAAGAGGAGAAACUUACUGCCUUUAUUUACCAGAAACUUUCCCAGAAGAUGAAGGAGAGUAUAUGUGUAAAGCUGUCAACAAUAAAGGCUCUGCAGCUAGUACCUGUAUUCUUACAAUUGAAAGUAAGAAUUAAUCACUUUUUAAAAAAUAUAAUACUUUUAUUCUAUUUAAAAAUUUUUCCCUUUAAAAAGAAUCACUUUUCUUCUUCUUUUUUAGCUGAUGACUACUAGCUCCCCUUCCCUCUGCCUGGAACUCUCUUUCUCUCUCCGACUUUACUACAUCCAUCUUUUCUGUGCCGGGGCCAAAAAAGGAAACCAGAAGUGCCACUAUGUUGACUUCUAAUUCCUUUUCAUAAGUCUUCAAAACACAAGCUCAUCUAAAGAAAACCUUCCUCCUUUCCAAAUGAGCACUAGAUUCAUCGCCAAUUAUGCAUAAGUUAAUGUGCAUUUAAUGGGGAAAGUGGGAAAUUUACUCAAUUAUAUCAGAACUUAGGCUGUGCAUUUACCGUAAGUUCACAGCAAUGUUUAAAAAUAUCAAAAACAACACAUUAUUUUGCAUGAAAGAAUGCCGUCAAUGAGCUAUUUACACCUAAAAUUAGUCUGAAAUAGCCGAGACAAUGAAUUUGGAAACCUAUCAAUUUGAGUGGGAGUUUUCCCUUAGUACAUAAUUUUGGUUGUAGUUUCAGAGCCUUUGUGAAGCAGAUGUAGGAGGGGAUUGGGAUAUCACUCUUUUUUAUGGGAAAGGAGAAUGGAGAAAAACACAAAAUUAAAGACUUCUAAGAAACAAAUGCCAGAGAAAACUGGAUGAAAACCACUGCCUAUACAGAGUUCUGAGUGUUGAGAAUAUUGAAUGUACUUUUCAAAUGUGUGUAAUAUAUGCUCAAGCUUAUAAAACAAAUUUAUGUUGUGACCUUGCCUGAACAAAUGACAUUACAAUGAGAAACUCUGUUAUUAGUAGUCACACAGGAGAAAACACUUUCAAUAUAAUUGAAGAUUUCAAGAUCCAAGAGGAUUUGGGGCAGGGGCGGGGAGAAUGGCACAAUCUUCAAUUUUAAAUUCCGGUCUUUAAAAUGAGUUUGUAAAUAAUCAGCUACCAUGUUCUAUCAUCAAGUUGUUUUAUAUUUUAAUUUUCUGGAAGACAAUUUUGUUUUACAAUGUAAACCCAUAAUGUAACUUCUAUAUUUAAAAAAA